GCUGUUUUGUUCGCUGCAGCAAGCAGGAUCAAACGGAUUUUUGUAUUUUGAUAUUGCCACAGAUUUUAUCCCUCGCUCCAAAAUGGCUAUGAUGCAGAUGAAAGAAAAAAAACAUAAACAUCGUAAGAAAAAUAAGGAGGAAACACGACGCGAAGAUGCCUUCCCCGCCGCUGAGGAGGAUUUUUUGGACGAGUUAUAUGAGAAUGAGGAAACGAAUUCAUCGGAACAGUGUGUGAGUUAUCUAGAUGAAUUAGCCAUAAACAGCACGGAGGAAGAUGGCGCCAGUCCAGAGAACACAGUGCCAGAACAAAGCAAGCAGCAAUCUGAACAGUUGAUCGAACAACAGACGAUAGAUCGGCCACCAGAUACUGGUAACCGCAGUGAUGAGCAACCUGCCGAAGCAGCCAAAGACGAGAUUCAGACUGAAGAAGAGGCACCAGUGGAGAAGCAAAAAUCCACAUCGAUCUCACCGACUGCACCUCCACUGUCCAUCAACGCUUCCGGCUCGGCCACCAUCGAUCGAACCGCAAUGAACCAAGCGAGCAAAAUAUAUCCUUCACUGCCGGCAGCGAUGGCAUCACCGAUGCAAAGCCAGAGGAUUUCGAACAUCACACCAGCUUCCAAAAUCUAUCCAGAGCUUCCGGCUGUGAGUCAAACGCAGCAACAGCACGCAACCCAACAGUGGACGGGAGUAGUUGGAGAGCUUCAUAAUGGCACCCUCGUGACAUUGAAUCGCGAGCAAAUAAGUCAGUUGUUUCCACCAAACGCGUCUCACGAGCUACAUGCUUUGAAGAUCGGCUUUGCAGCACGUGAGUGUCCUGCUACCAUAUGCCAGCAGCAAACGUUCAACGAACACCCGCUCUAUAUCCUGCUGGACGAGUACAUGCGAAAAAGCGUUCAAGAGGUGAAGCAGCGCGAGAAUCUCCGUUCAUGCAGAAAGACGUACGAAAAACUGCAGAGCGAGAUAUGGCGCAAAACGUCGAAGCGUUUCAGCGGAACCGCGUUCUGUGCUGAUGGGAAACUGGUCACGGCGUCCACUGUUGAGUCUGUGAUGGUGCUGGACGACGCAAUCGUAAAGCGGUACGAGCGUGCUGGCAAGGAAAUUGAAGAGCGAAUGUACGAGCUGAACAAGACUCACCUAGCAACGGCAGGAAAGGCUGCUGAGAUCGAGGACUACAUACGGGUUCAGCUUGGAGGUGGAAGUCAAGACACCAGCAACGGUGCUCCCAAAGUGCAGGUGGAUGGAUUGCGUGACAUCUUGUCAAUUCUAUUUUAUUUCCUGCGAUCAAGUCGUGGAAAACCGGGCCACAAGUCUCCGAGACGAAAUCAUAACACCACAGGUGGGGAACGGUCGAUGGGCCCGGUAGAUUCCGCUGGUGACCGCGAGUGCUUUAGUGAUAACGUCCGUGGAUGGAUGCGUAUGGUGGCAAAGACGAUCGUGUGGUUCGGAACGGCUGUAGAUCGCAUAAACGUGAUGUUACAGCUGCUACAUUGCGAAGCGGGUACGGCUUCAUGGUGCAAAGAGCUGAUAUGUCCACUGCAGCCAUCUCAAAAGGCGUCCAAAGUACUUACGGACGAUGAGCUGCGACAGGUGCUGAAAAUGCUCGAGCUUGGUUUGGCGUCACAUCCCGAACGCGAUUCUUUCGUGAAACCUCCGCCCGAACCGGAUGACACGUGCAUCGUGGAGCUGAACAGUGUAGGGCAUGUGAUAUCUGCCUCGAUUACGGAUGAUGGCUUGGAAUGUGAGGCUGCUAAUCAGCAGGCGGACUGGCUGGUGGUUGACAGUGACGGUGAAGAUUGCACCGGUUCCGAACAGGUUGCCCCCUUGAAGGAGGACGAUUUGAGCGGCUUUCUCGAGCAGAUACCCUUUGCGGACGUGUUUGAAACACUGAUCGCCAUCGGUGGUGCCGAUACGCUGGCUCACGGUACGAUGGUGAGCUUGCAUCGAAUUCUCCGCUCGACUACCAUCGCUCUCGAGAUUGUCCGCGUGCUAGCCAUCGGUCUGCGCACUUACCGUAACCAGGAUCGCUACGAAAACCUUAUUCGACGCCUUGGUCGGUUGAUUGCUCACACGGUGCACUAUGUGGCCGAUAUUCUGCAGAUGUAUCCGAAUCGGGCGAAUCAGAAUGAUCCGGCCCAUAAAGAGUUCCAGCGGCUGGUAGGCCGAGCCAUUUGUUCCUUUUCGUGUCUUCGCGACAGUGCCAGUUGGCACUCGCUGUUAGCUUUGCCGUUCCAGCUGCUCUCGUAUCCUGUGAUCUGGUGGCUAUACAGUGGUUUGCUGGCGGAUGUAGAGGACUGGAGUGAAGGGACAGCUCUAUCGGAGCUCGUACCGAACGACGAUGGAGGGCAGCGUGCGGUGCGCAUGGAUACGCACUAUCGGCGGCUGCUCGAACGAUCGUCUAAGGACGUGUACUACGUAUGCCAGCUGAUGGUUAGCUUGGUAGAUGGUCGUGACGUUCACGCCGAGGCUGGCAUUUUUCAUGUCGUAGUGAAAGACUUUUUCCAACUUCUACUCCGCAUCGAUCAUGCUACUCAGCCGGUAUUGGUGGAGUACAUUUUCAGUGAGCUAAACUAUCUCCUCAGUAAGCAUCCCUUCCUGUGUGAAGCGCUCAUUGUUGAACUCCAGUGGUGCGCGCAACAAGAUUCAUCUACAGCGGACCGAUUACCGGGUGCCAAGUAUUUGCAGGAAUUGUUCUGCCUACUGCCAUUCCGUAACUACUCGCCAACUGUAACGUGCGUCGAUAAAAUGAAUCAAAUACUAACGGAAGUCAAGGUGACAGGUUACUACGCAGUUCUAGUACUAGAAGUGCUUCGGAGUUUCGACUAUGGCGCAAUUGUUAACAAUGAGCUUUGGAUUCCGCAGCCCAUCCAAUUGUACAUUCUGCGCACGGUCAUUGGAGCACACCGGCAGCAUGUUCCUUUGGAUUUGAAAGGAAUGCCGGCGUCAAGUGCAGACAAGCCGCUUGUGGAAGCGUUUGACAGGCUCUGCUGGGAAAUUGUUGGCAAAUUAAGAGUACAUCACCUCGAUCAACCGCAACAGCAUGUGAUGCGCGUAAUGCACGAAACGGAUGUGGCUCUUCGUGAUGUCCCAGCUGCUGAAUUGUUGCCAGAGAUACAUGCAGGUAUCAAUGAGCGACGUACGAUAGCUGUCUAUGCAGCGAUGCUCGCGACAACGACCGGCCAUUGGAUACCGGUGUUCUGUCAAUCUGGCGCCCAGCUCCUAUCCGAACAGCUCGUUGGUGUGAGCCGUAAAUCGGUGUUACGAUGCCUGCAGCUGAUCGUACCACUGUUUCACGAGUGUCCAGAAAGCUUGAGUAGCUGUGAACCAUUUCUCAAUCUCCUCAGCAAAGCUAUCGGUAAAGCGGCGAAGGAACGUUGGUGGUCCAGUGCUAGCGAAGGAGAAGAUAUUCCUGAAGAGAGCACUGAGCUGCGCGUGUACUGUUUAGCCUCAAGGAUGGUGUACCUGCAGUUGCGCGAUUUCCAGGCCUAUGGACUAGCGUCACCUGCCCCUUUGGUGGAAGUCUGGGUUCGAUGUUUGACCGCGCUGCCGGCAUGGAAGAAGUGUCCGCAGGUACUCCGUAUGCUUGACAUAAUAGCCGAUCUAGCCCAUCACUAUCCGGAUGCUUGGAAUCAGAUGAAGUUUCUGCUUGUUCCUCAUUAUUCGCAAAUAGCUGAAGUGAAGGCGUCUAAAGGGACCAAAGGACUUCUAUUCAUGAGAGGCAACGACGAGGAAUCACUAUACAACAUCAAACCCAACCUAAUCGCCCUAUCCAUGAUGAGCUACGAUUUGGAAUUUGAGAUUACCGAGCAGGAAUUGUGGUAUCGAUUGCUUGUAACACUUACCAGCGAUCCUACCGUUCCCAUAAACGUAGCUUUGCGGCAGAUAUACACCCAGGACCUCGGUCAGCAGGAUGCACCACCUGUUGGAGAUCAGCUUGUGCUGUAUAAAAUCGCUCGCCAAAUCGUUGCUUCCGACUUUAAGCACCCGAUGCAGCUAUUUCUUUGGCAGCGCUUUAUUCACGUCUACUACACGAUGCUACCAUCCGCAACGGGCGGCCUUCCGGCUGUACACGGUGCGAUAAAUAGGUUGUACGAGUACGAUAAGAAACUUCUAGACAAGCUGAUUGCUUCAGGGCGAGCGCUGUGUGAUUAUUAUGCCAAACUUACGCCCCCAGAUAAUCCAGGACGUACCAGUGAUACCGAGGAAGCUAAAGCUGCGCAGGCACAACUUUAUCAACACAUGGCUGGAUUUUUCGAAACAUGCCUGGCGUGGCUGCAAAGUGAUAUGCUGGAUGGUUUAACCUUGAGUACGCUUGGAACGUUGCCUGCUAGCUUUAAUCCUUCGUUGCUACAUAUGUGCUUGGAUAAAACGAAGAAUUGUCUGCCUCAGUACAACGAUAAGCGAGGCGAAUUACACCGUUUCGUACGCAUACGCGAGUCCUGGAAGUUGUUGUUUGGUCAUUACUUAACUCCAGCAAAAGUACAUCCUCGACUGAUGGGCGCUAGUAAUGCCAGUUUGUUACGGGAAACCGAUCCAACAUCGAUACUGAAGUCCAUGGAAAUGCGACUGAAAGGAUAUGAAUGCCCAUUAGAAUUGGGUCCAUGCGAAUGCGAACCACCAUUCGUUCCGUUGUAUCGGCUGACAGUCGAUGCUGAACCACGGGCCAUUGUGGCUGGUCUCGAGAAAGCGAUUGAAUCGGUGAUACAGUUUGCUACGAGGCAAUACCUACCGGCAUGGGAUAAUGUACACCAUCUACAGGAGCAGUACAGUGAACUGAUUCCAAAGCGCUACUUUGAAGAAAGGGAAGUCAAACGAAUGCUUACCGAGUGUCGUAUGAUAACCAAGCGAUGUACCGGUGCCGUCACCGUGUCUGUUGCCGUCACUAAAACGAUCGAGCGUGAACAAAUACGUCAGAAGAUGGAGCAUAAUCGUGCCAAAUUGAACGAAGCGUUGAAAGCAGCCAUCCACACUCCGGCUCCAAUCAUGCAGGCUCUGCAUCGUGCCAAUGGCCUGUUGAUGCAGCUAAACCAGUGGAUAACAGAGUCCGGUGCGCUUGGGAUGCAAAUGUUGCCCCCAAAUCACUGUGUAAGGACGCUGGUUGGUUCGUUUGUGCCGAAGAUGAUAUCGUACGGUCACUUGCACUGUCCUGCGACGGAACACGUACUAGAAGCAUCUUUCGCAAUGUUUAUGCGCGGUGUACCUUCGCUCGUGUAUGAUCCAUUGGUUCUGUGCGUGCAGAAAGCACUGCAGCAGUCCGAUGAGGCUAUCCUUGAUUUUUUACCGUACGUGAAAGCAGCCGAUAUUCCGUGCAGUCAUAUGGUACAGCUAUACACCCGGUUACUCAUGCAAAACUAUCGCAGUAAACUCGAGAAGCGCGUGUUUCUUACCAUCUUCGAUGAUCAGUUUGACCUUGCGGAAUGGUUGAAGAAUAACACCACAGUAGCCACUGAAUUGGAAGCGUUAGUUAGAAAAGUAAUCGAAACACUAUGCAGCCCCGAUAAGACAUCGCCAAGCACUCCAUGUAAUGAGGAACUUGAUCUAUCGCGAACGUUUCAUGAGACGCUGUUGCGCCAUCUUCUGGCACUGCUGGAGUACAAUUUUCCUGUGCACUAUGAGCUGAUUUUGCUGGAGCUACUCAACGGCUGCGAGCAACGUCAUCUUCAGCCGGAGGUGCUGCUAGCAGUAAACAACAGCCUGCGCCGCCAGUGGCAUGUGCCGCCGCUUAGCAUCGCCAUAAACGAGCCGGGUGCACCAGCCUUGCUGGACGCUUUCGUCGGACGACAGUAUGGCGGUGCGUGGCGCGUCAGCAUCUACAACAUGGUGUCUGGUGUGAUAUUUCGUCUCUCAGAGCGCUUCGUUACGCAGCGAACACAGAAUUGUUUGCAUGGACUAUAUCCGGAAUAUCGUGCUUAUGUGAUGCCCCUCGCGCUGACACUAGCAACGCUCGCCCGUGCAUACAUCGAAAUCGUUAUUCCGCUACAGAUCAGCAGUCUAAAGGAGGCAGAAACGGAAACCCUUUCGGCGUGGUCGGUAUUGUGCAAGUUAUUCUCUGCCUGGCUGGAACCGUAUGAGAAAACCAAUCUUGCUAGCUGGAUUCAACAGUUCCGACCGAACGGUCAGCAGGAUUUACUGCUGCCGUGGAGUGAGCUGUAUGUUGCCGAAGCGUCACAAAUGCUGACCGCCUUUACGUACUGCAUCGAAUCGCUUGUUGCGAAGCUGAACGAUAGUAUGCGAUCGUUCCCGGGUGGCCAUUACGAUAGCACCUCGCGUGUACUGGAACUAGUAUUUGAAUGGUACGAGAGAAACUUUGCCCAUCGUUCGGUGGCAAACAGCGUACUGACACCGGUGAACGUACAGUUGCUUACCCUUCCCUGGGAAUCGUUACAACCGGGUGGGACAGCACUUGAGGCCUUCGAGCGAGUGCUGGAUCGCUUUGCACCGGCUGCCCAUCAGUUCGCGAGUCAGAUCUUCAUUCGUUGCCGUUGGGAACGGAUGCCCGAUGAUUUCCGGGCAAUGCCGAUGGCUGAUCUGCUCACGGUUUGUAUAAAGCUGGCGCAUGAACCGACGGUUCACACAAGCGGUCGUGCAGCUAUGUUGGAGACGUUGGCAAAACUAUCGGGAAUGCGUUGGAUUGAGUUGGAGGUACGGGCGGUCGAGCAGACACUCGAUUGGUUCGUCAUGUCAGCAGAUCCUUCGAUCAUGCUUCAGCUGGGAUCGUCAGCGGUGGCCACGAUUGAUGAAGCCAUUCUCAAUCUUUUGCUGAUUGUUUGCGGACUACGCUAUAAUGAGUUCAAUGGUGAGCAGGAACAGUCGAACGAAGAUCAGCAUCGCAAGCGGGAACUGUUUGUACGUUGUGCAGUACGCUUGCUGCUAACGUAUGCCAAGCGUAACAAAAAAGCCCUCGCCACAACCAGCGGUGUAGCACAGUUUGCGGCAGCGAUCCAGAGAUUGGUCGAGAACAUAGCCUAUAGCAUGAUAAACAUUCCCGAGGAUCCCGGUAGAUCAAUCGAUCGAAGGGAGAGCGCUAGUGGAAGUACACUCCUCUUGCAAUUGUUUGAUGCAAUCAAGGGCUUUGUCGCUGAGGAUGCGUUUCCUUUCUUCACCAAAGCGGUACGAAACGAAAUGGAAAAGGAUAAGCCGGGUAUGCACCUGUUCGUCACCAGUGUACUGCGGGGUUGUUUUCUGUUCAGUGAUCGCAUACCUCGCGAGAUCCUGUUGACGAUGGAGGAUGCACUGUAUCGGUAUUUUUGCUCAAACAAUCAUUCCUUCCCAAGCUCUGGCCUAGCAACACCGGAGGAAAUGAUUCAUUCCGGUUCUGUUGCUGGUCACGAGUGUGUGGUGCGCUACAGUGGACAAUGGAUUGCGAUUCUCAAUCUCGUGGACCCAAUCGUGCUUAAUUCUUGGCUGGUGCCGAUAGAACAGUUUAACACGGAGGGAACGACAUUACUUACGCUGCAUCUCACACUGAUGGGCCGGUGUAUACUGGCCACGCGCACCGUGGAUAAGCAGCAAACGUUAGUACAGUUGCAGAAGCAGCUCAGUAGGAUUGAAGUCAGCACCCAGCUCGAACCACGUCUUUUUCUACUGUGGGGAAUGAUGGCUUACGUGCUGAUGACACUGUUAGGAGCAACUGGCAAUGCUGACGAGCCGGCGCUGCAAGAGUUUCUGCUACAUUUACGGUCGAUACUGCGAGGACCGCAGGGUACGGUGAAUCGGUUGAUGCAGACCGCUUUAAGUUUGUGCAAGGGAACCGUCUGUAGUCCGACAAGGCGUGCCGUUGUUCGCUUGCUGAUCGCGUGCCUUACCUUCUGUCAGCAAGCCUCGAGGGUCACGUCGGGACGAAAUUUCGACGAAACGCCCGGGCACACCACAUCCGCCGCCGACGAGCUUGAUGAUGGCUUCCAUGUGGUAGAGGACAGCAGCAGCAGCAGCAGCUCGCAAGGUGGAGAGCAACCGCUGGUAAAGCUAUGCUCGGGCUUGAGAAGCACCAUUCUGGAGAUACUAAAUGAGGCACCUGGAGUGUCGGCGACCCAACGAAAUCCUCAAUCGGCCAGCUGGGUCCCGUAUUUGGAAAACAUUCGAAGGCGAAUGGAUAGUGCCGGCCAAGGGGUUGCUUUGGCGGAAAUCGUGCAAGAAUGUGUAGCUCCUCUGUGCGUCGAUGUAAUCUGUGUGUUGGGUGGACGGAAUACGGAACUAGUAAUGCGAUCGGCAUUGCCUGUGUGGAGGAAAAUGGGCUGUGUGUGAAGUAGUUAGUUGUAACAUUGAUUAAGGAUCUAAUUUUCCCUUAUGGUAACCGCCAAACAAUGAACCGAGAAUGUGAUCAUGGAUUGAUAAUGCUCUAGCAGCGCCUUAAAGAAAACUGUGCGCGUUAAAUGUUUAUGAUUUUGAUCAAAAUUCCUUUAUUUACACAAAGUUUAUUCUUAACGUAUCCCUGCAAGUGGAUCUUGGAACACAUCAUGCUUCCUUUCGUUAUAUCGCUGGCAGUACACCGAAGAACCGGUGUAGAACUACGAGAAAUGGAGAAGUCCGGAGAAGCGAACAAAUAUCAGCAGGCUAUUGUGUCGUUUGAACAAACGCGCAGCAACGGCGCUUAGUUUCUAAGUCUACUUUGUUACCUAUAUUGCACGGCUGGCUUUUCAGCUUUGGUACGGAGUUUGUGAGGGAGAUUAAUAAGAAAAAACAGGGGCGAAGUAACAAAUAGAACAGAUAAGAGAUAACA